CGGGCACCGGGCCGGCUUCGGCGUCCCCCAGCUGCUGGAUCUUACACCCCUGCCCUCCACACGCACCUCCCUCGCGGGCCGCGGCAGACCAUGCCCUCUCUAUGACGGUUGCUUGCUGAGCUAACUCUGCAUGCCAGAAGACUGUCCUUGGUUGAUCCAGGGGCUCUUGGGGACUCCGGCCUCUCCCCGGUUUUUCCGUGUGUGUGUGUUCCUCUAGAACUUUCAAAACUGUUUCUCCAAAGGGUUUUGCAGAAACUCAGACUGUUUUCUAAAGCAGAAGCACCUCAGUCCACAGCAGUAGUGAUGGGCAGCGUGCGAACCAACCGCUACAGCAUCGUGUCUUCGGAGGAGGACGGCAUGAAGCUGUCCACCAUGGCCGUGGCCAACGGCUUUGGGAACGGGAAGGGCAAGGUACACACCAGGCAGCAGUGCAGGAGCCGCUUUGUCAAAAAAGACGGCCACUGCAACGUCCAGUUUAUUAACGUGGGGGAGAAGGGACAGCGAUACCUGGCAGAUAUCUUCACCACCUGCGUGGACAUCCGCUGGAGGUGGAUGCUGGUUAUCUUCUGCCUGACCUUCAUCCUCUCCUGGCUUUUUUUUGGCUGUGUGUUUUGGUUGAUUGCACUGUUGCACGGGGAUCUGGAGAACCAAGAGAACAGCAAACCUUGCGUCUCUCAAGUGAGCAGCUUCACCGCAGCCUUCCUGUUCUCCAUCGAGACCCAGACCACGAUCGGCUACGGCUUCAGGUGCGUCACGGACGAGUGCCCCAUCGCGGUGUUCAUGGUGGUUUUCCAGUCUAUAGUGGGCUGCAUCAUCGAUGCCUUCAUCAUUGGGGCCGUCAUGGCAAAGAUGGCUAAGCCAAAAAAGAGAAACGAAACUCUGGUGUUCAGCCACAAUGCCGUGGUGGCCAUGAGAGACGGGAAGCUGUGCCUGAUGUGGCGCGUUGGGAACCUGAGGAAAAGCCACUUGGUGGAGGCGCACGUGAGAGCGCAGCUCCUCAAAUCCAGGAUCACGUCAGAAGGGGAGUACAUCCCCUUGGAUCAGAUAGACAUCAACGUGGGGUUUGACAGCGGCAUAGACCGGAUAUUCCUGGUCUCCCCAAUCACCAUAGUACACGAAAUAGAUGAGGACAGUCCUUUGUAUGACCUGAGCAAGCAGGACAUGGACAAUGCUGACUUUGAAAUCGUAGUAAUAUUAGAGGGCAUGGUGGAGGCCACCGCCAUGACCACCCAGUGCCGUAGCUCCUACCUGGCGAACGAAAUCCUCUGGGGCCACCGCUACGAGCCCGUGCUCUUCGAAGAGAAAAACUACUACAAAGUGGACUACUCGAGGUUCCACAAAACAUACGAAGUGCCCAACACACCCAUCUGCAGUGCCAGAGACUUAGCAGAGAAGAAAUACAUUCUCUCGAACGCGAACUCCUUUUGCUACGAGAACGAGGUCGCCCUCAGCAGCAAAGAGGAGGACGAGAUCGACACGGGGGUGCCUGAGAGCAUGAGCACAGACACCCACCCCGACAUGGACCACCACAACCAGGCCGGCGUGCCUCUGGAGCCGCGGCCGCUGCGGCGGGAGUCGGAAAUAUGACCGGCGGACUCUUCCUCUCCCUUUUGGUUGAAAGUUUAAAAUAAAAACAAAAAAAACAACCCACAUCUACCGGUCAAAGGCACGUUGUUGACCUGAGAAGUUGGCCCAGAACAGUUUUCAGACAACGGUACUGUUGAAGAGUGUGGUGUGAAGGCAGCAGACCUGAGAAACCCAGGCUGGUUUUAGGGCUGUCCUCAGAGGAGGGACGACAGAAAGCGAACUCUAAACACAAAGCACUAAACAUGUCUAAGUAUGAACAGAAGGCACAUAUGUUGUAGAAUAAAUUAUGUAUAUAUUUUUUUACAAAACUUGAACUUGCAGGCAAGCUUUGGUUGGGUUAUUAUUAUUUUUUUUUUUCAACUUUUUCCAGAAUGCUUCUCUCUAGGGAACAAGAAUGUUUUUAAUGGCAUAACAAAGGCAAGGAUCUGCCUUAUUAUUAUUAUUAUAAUUAUUUUUUAAAAAGCUGCUGCUAACUACAUGAACACAAAUGGUUAUUUUUGUUGCAGUGUAGUUUUUAUUUUCUCUUGUGUAAUUUAAAAAAAAAAAAAAAAAAGAAAAAAAAGUCAGUGUUGAACUUUUUGGGAUGAAAAGCUCGUGAUCAGUUCAGAGAGGCCGAUGUUGCCAGAAAGUCUAAACUCCUUUUGAGGCCAGUAGUUUGAUAGCUAGAAUCAAUUUCUCUCUUUCCAAUUACAUAAGGGGCAUUAUGUAAUAUCAGGCCAAUCAGUAGCCUCCAGCAAAAUUAUGAUUUUUGGGGGGAGAAUUUAAUUCUCUGUCUAAAGUGAGACAAAAUAUACGUAUACGUAGGAAAAAGUACUAAGUGAAAACUACCUAAGUGGAUACCAAAGAAAAUGCACAGUUUUGCACAGUGGAGUUUAUUUAAAAAAAAAA